UCUACGUCACACUACCUCGCAGAUCGGAAGCAACAGAGCUUUCCAGAAAAUAUUUCUGAGCUGAAGCAACGAGUAGAGGGCGGCGGGUUCUCUGCAAGCUUACCUCGCAUUUCCUCUCUUUCAACAGGACCAAAGUUAACAUUUUCUUUACACAUCAUUCCAUUUAGUGUGCUGUUGUUGCGUGGACAUCCCACGGAAAGAGAAGGAGAGAGAGCUAGAAGAUGACGUCUAGGACUAUUGAUUACAGUGUGUGGGACCACAUCGAAGUGUCGGAUGACGAAGAUGAGACUCACCCCAAUAUCGACACCCCGAGCCUCUUCCGAUGGAGGCAUCAGGCGCGUGUGGAGAAACAGGUGGCCUUCGAGGAGAAAGGAGAGGAGCUGGAGAGGAACAUGGCAGAGUGUAAGAGACGUCUGGAAGAGGUGCAGUACAGAGUGAAGGAGUUAGAGGAGGAAGGAAAGAAGGAGGGAGAGGAGGAGAGGAAGACGGCGCUGAGCAAGGCCCAGGCCGAGGAGAAGAAAUACAGAAAGGAUCAACGCUUGUGGGAGAAGAAGAUGGAGGAACAUCGGAGAGAGGAGAAAAAGAUGCCUUGGAACGUUGACACGCUCAGCAAAGAGGGAUUCAGCAAGAGUAUGUUGAACAUCAAGCCGGAAGCGACAGAAGAGACGGAGGAACAGAAGGAGGAGAAACACCAGACUUUUGUGGAUAAACACAAGAAAGAGAUCAAACACUUUGGGAUGCUUCGGCGUUGGGAGGACAGUCAGAAGUACCUGUCUGACCACCCUUACCUGGUGUGUGAAGAGACGGCUAACUUCCUGGUUAUCAUGUGUAUCGACCUGGAGGUGGAGGAGAAACAUGGUUUGAUGGAUCAGGUAGCCCAUCAGACCAUAGUGAUGCAGUUCAUCUUAGAGUUGGCUAAGAGCCUGAAGAUCGACCCUCGAGGAUGCUUCAGAGAGUUCUUCCAAAAGAUCAAGACUGCAGACCAGCCCUACCAGGAGGCCUUUACUGAUGAGCUGGAGUCAUUUAAAGAAAGAGUUCGAGGCAGAGCUAAGAUCAGGAUACAAAAGGCUAUGGAGGAGUAUGAGGAGGAGGAGAGACAAAACAGACUGGGGCCUGGUGGACUGGACCCUGUGGAAGUCUACGACACUCUGCCAGAGGAAAUGAAGAAGUGUUUUGAUGAUAAAGACAUCUCAAUGCUGCAGGAAGCUAUAAGCAAGAUGGACCCCAUGGAGGCAAAGGGCCACAUGAAGAGGUGUAUUGACUCAGGACUCUGGGUUCCCAACGCCAAUACCGACGAAGAGGACAAAGAAGAAGACGAGGAAGAGGAAAAGGAGGACGAGGAAGAACCAGAGAAGGAGGGAGAGGCGGAGGAGGAGAAAUGACUCUGUCAUGAAUUGAACCCUUCCAUUAGACUUUUGACCUUUUCAGACCUAGCUACACUCUUUACUAACAUUAGCUUGUCUUAUUGAAAACAUGCUGUGAAGAUGCUAACUUCCCUAGUGUUAAUUGGGCUAGUAUCGCUAGCAUUAGCCUGACCAAUUGAAGAUCUGCACCGGGCCAGUAUUUACAAAGAGUCUCAGAGUAGGACUGCUGAUCUUGGAUCUGAUCUGAACAACACAUGUACAAGGGGACCUGAUCCUAGAUCAGCACUCCUAUUCUGAGACUCUUUAUGAAAAUGUGGGGUGAAGUUUCCCCUAGGUACAGGUCUAGGAUCAGAUUCCCCUCCCCCAAUCCUGACGUUAACCAUUUGGGGAAAAUGCUAAACUUCACCCUGCUUCCGUUUCUACCCAUAGUCCCUUUCUCCAUGACCCCAUCUUUAUAUUUACCCCCCCACCUCACUUCUUAUCCCUGCUGUCUCUUCUACCCAUAGUCCCAUCUUUAUAUACUGCUCAAAAAAAUAAAGGGAACACUUAAACAACA